AUGAGUAAUAUUGAAGUGACAUUUAACGGAUUUAUUGAGACUACUCAAGAUACUUUGCUCAUAUUCGAAGCAUGUCGACGAGGAAUAUUGCCCAGAGUGAGUAGAAGGCUCCAGGAGAAAGAACGAAAGAUAGUGACAUCUGGAAGCGUGUUCGUAUUUGAUGAGCGAGAAUCAGGGAUCAAGCGUUGGACAGAUGGUCUUGUGUGGAGUCCUUCUCGAAUUCUAGGGAAUUUCUUGAUUUAUCGUGAAUUGGAUAAAAGAUCAGCUAGUGGUAGCAGAAAAGAUUCAACAUCUUCAUCGUCUUCACCAUCCUCUUCGUCGCCAUUGUCAAUCGAAAGACAACGAUCAGAAUCUGAUUCAGGCGAUAAUCUUCAUCAUCAUAUCAGUGCCGCUAACACAAGCAUAGAUAAGAAUCGAGAACGAGCGUUAGUCGGAAGUCUAACAAAUUCUUAUCGAUUUAAGAAGAAUGGAUUAAUCAAAAAAACAAUGUCAAUCGUAGUGAAUGGUGUCAGUCAACACAUGAUCAGUUAUUAUAAUAAAGAGGAUGUGUUGCGCUGCGCGUUGAAAACUCCAUCGCAGGAUCCUCAAUUAGCUGCACUUGAAAUAUCGCAGGAAUUUUUAUCUAAGCAAAAUUUCAGAAUAUAUCCAAUGAUUGAAGGAGGAUAUGAGCAGCAACAGUUACUACACCAAGAAGAACAAAUUUCAACCUCCAUCAUGCCACGUGGAAGUAUUUCAUCGUUAAGUCAUACCAAUAGCAACAAAUAUCAUUCUAACGCAAAUCGUAUAAAAACGGAGAUGGAAUUUAAUGGGAAUAACAAUGAGAUGAAUGGAUAUCGUGGAGGAUCAAAUAAUUCAUCAAGAUAUUCACAGCCUCAGCCGCAACCUCAACAACCAUUACAACAGUAUCGACAAUCAACUUAUCCUCCGCCCGUUUCUUCGAAUGAAUUUCCGCCAGUCACUUACACAUCACGCAUGUUGACCUCAUCUCCGCCUCCAAUGAUAUCAACAGCGAAUUCUCACCCUCAGCAUCAACACCAUUCUCAUCAAUUAAGCACCACAAUCGCAAUGAAUAAUGUACAUCCAAUGAGUCCGCCACAAUCUGAAAACCAAGAUAAUCUUUAUUAUGAAAGUAAUCCUUAUAAUGAUUUAACAUCACCGGAUUUAUAUAAUUCAUCGACUUCAAAUCAUCAUCAUCAUCCACCACCGGCACUUAGCAGUUCCAGUCCAUCACCUACUAUGCCACCAUCAUCACCCCAAAACUCUUAUGGUUCAAAUAAUGUACCAAUCACACCACCGCUAACCGCAGCAACACCGUAUAUAAAUGGCGGAGUGGCUAGCGGUACCGGAGCAUUAAAUAAUAAUAUGUUCAAUUCCCCAAUAACUUAUACAUCACUAGUAAAAAGUGAAGGAUACACGUCUAAUAAUUCAGCACUUGAUUACUAUUUUUAA